GUUGGGACUGGGGUUUUACGCAUCUAUAAAAUGGAGGUGUUGGUAAGGCACUGAUGUGGAGAGGCGCGCGUGCGGCGGAUCACUUGACAGGGGAAUAUUAUGGGUCGCAGGCCUGCACGCUGCUACCGACAAAUUAAGAACAAGCCCUAUCCCAAGUCUAGAUAUUGUCGGGGUGUUCCUGACCCUAAGAUCAGGAUAUAUGAUGUAGGCAUGAAAAAGAAGGGUGUGGAUGAGUUCCCCUUCUGUGUUCAUCUUGUUAGCUGGGAGAAAGAGAAUGUGUCCAGUGAAGCCCUUGAAGCUGCCAGGAUUGCAUGCAACAAAUACAUGACCAAGUUUGCUGGAAAGGAUGCUUUCCACCUCAGGGUGAGAGUCCACCCCUUCCAUGUCCUGCGCAUAAACAAGAUGUUAUCAUGCGCCGGAGCAGAUAGGCUCCAAACUGGUAUGCGGGGGGCCUUUGGAAAGCCCCAAGGGACUUGUGCAAGGGUUAACAUUGGGCAGGUGUUGCUGUCUGUUAGAUGCAAGGAUGGAAAUGGGAACCAUGCACAGGAAGCGCUGAGGAGGGCCAAAUUCAAGUUUCCAGGCAGGCAAAAGAUUAUCGUAAGCCGAAAGUGGGGCUUUACCAAGUUUAGCCGAGCAGAUUAUGUCAAGUGGAAGCAGGAGAACAGGAUAAUGCCUGAUGGAGUGAAUGCUAAGCUGUUAGGAUGCCAUGGCCCCCUGGCGCAGAGGCAGCCUGGAAGAGCCUUCCUCAGUGGAGCAGUGGAAUCCACUGCUUAAAGUUUUGUUCUUUAUAAUCUUAUGGAGGUUUCCCUUACAAAACUGAUUUGGGCUCAUAGUUGAUGUAUUCUAGUCUUUUUGAAGGGCAUGUUUUGGUCACCCCGUUCUUUGGGUGAGUAACAACCUAAAAUUUUUUGAAGCGUUUCUAUUUCAUAUAAAUUGUGCUUUGAUGUCUCUUA